AUGACAAUUGUCAAGAGUAAAUUAGACGACGAGCUGACGUCUCCUUGGUUCUACUCCGUUUGCACCAUGGCAGGCAUGCUCAGUGCCGGAACAACUCAUUUAGCUAUAACCCCUCUUGAUGUCCUCAAAGUCAAUAUGCAGGUGAAUCCGGUGAAGUACAAUAGCAUUCCGUCCGGUUUCUCAACUCUGUUAAGAGAGCAUGGCCGUUCUUAUCUCUGGAGAGGUUGGUCAGGGAAGCUAUUAGGCUAUGGUGUUCAAGGUGGAUGCAGAUUUGGGCUCUAUGAGUACUUCAAGACACUCUACAGCAAUGUGUUGCCUAACAAUAACAGAACUUCCAUAUAUUUUCUCAGUAGUGCCUCUGCUCAGAUAUUCGCCGAUAUGGCCUUAUGUCCUUUUGAAGCUAUAAAAGUCAGAGUACAGACACAGCCCUUGUUUGCAAAAGGGUUGCUUGAUGGAUUUCCAAGAGUAUAUAGAAAUGAAGGUCUUGCUGGCUUCCACAGGGGACUUUUUCCGCUCUGGUGUCGCAAUCUUCCAUUUUCCAUGGUGAUGUUCUCAACGUUUGAGCAGUCAGUGGAGUUUAUAUAUCAGAACAUUAUCAAGAAAAGGAAGCAAGAUUGCUCUAAAGCUCAACAGCUCGGUGUCACAUGUCUCGCUGGGUAUACUGCUGGAGCAGUAGGUACAGUCGUCUCUAACCCUGCAGAUGUGGUUCUUUCGUCUCUCUACAACAACAAAGCCAAGAAUGUGUUGCAGGCUGUGAGGAACAUUGGGUUUGUUGGUCUUUUCACCAGAAGUCUUCCUGUUCGAAUCACAAUCGUUGGCCCUGUCAUCACCUUGCAAUGGUUCUUUUACGAUGCUAUCAAAGUCUUAAGUGGAUUCCCUACAAGUGGAGGAGUGGUGAAACCCGUAGAUGCAACUAAAUUAGCAGUGUGA